CCAUCCGAUGGCUCCAGAAAAUCGCACAUCGGUCUCUGAUUUUGUGUUACGAGGACUGACUAAUAGUGUGGAGCUUCAGACUACACUAUUUGUUAUUUUUCUGUUUUUCUACAUUAUAAACUUAGUAGGAAACAUCUCCAUUAUGGUAAUAACCAUUAAAGAUCGCAGUCUUCACUCACCCAUGUAUUUCUUCUUGUGGAAUUUGUCUUUUCUCGAUAUCUGCUUUUCAUCUGUUGCUGUACCUAAGAUGCUUUCUGACUUCCUAGCUCUGAAAAAGACCAUCUCUUUUGCUGGUUGUAUCUCUCAAAUACAUUUCUUCCAUUUCCUUGGAAGCACAGAAGUCAUGCUCCUCUCAGUAAUGUCUUAUGACCGAUAUGUGGCCAUUGGGAAUCCCUUACGCUACUCAAACAUUAUGGACAAACAUUGUUGUGUUAAUUUGGCUUUAGCCUCUUGGGUUACUGGAUAUUUCCAUUCAUUGUUACACACUGUGAUGACUGCAAAGCUUCCAUUUUGUGGAUCAAACCUGGUGAACCACUUUUUCUGUGACAUUAAGCCAGUGUUGAAGUUGGCUUGUAUUGACACAUCUCUCAAUCUAAAACUUCUUGUCAGGGUCACGGGAGCUUUGGCUACAACAACUUUACUUUUAACUCUUCUCUCCUACAUCUUUAUUGGCAGGUUUCUUAUAAAGAUACGCACUGCUGAAGGGAGGAAACGUGCAUUCUCCACUUGUAGUGCUCAUCUCACAGUUGUGUUCCUUCUGUAUGGAACAGCUAUCUUUACCUACAUUAGACCUUCAAGCCAGGACUCUUUAGAACAAGACAAAGCUGCUGCUGUCUUAUUUACAGUUAUAACUCCAGCACUUAACCCAGUCAUUUAUACCUUGAGAAACAAAGAUAUGAAGAAAGCCAUACAGAGA